ACCUCCUCUUUCGAUAAGAACACGCAGUAGUUUCUGUCCGCACUUACUUGAUUCCAUUUUUUCCCCAAAGUGCAGACAUGCCUCGCCAAUUUCCCAAGGUCACUUUAAGUGAGGCUGAAGAGAGUCAACUUUUGGUGGAAAAAGUGUACGCUUCGGCCCUAAAAGAAGAAGACCAGAAGGAUGUUUUGUCCAUGUUCACGGUGCCUGAGGACUGCCCCAUUGGCCUACAGCAAGCCAAAGAGCAUGAGCUGAUGAAGGAGUUGGCAGAACAGCGCUCUGAGGAGAGUACCAAAAGGCGCAAAAGUUUGAAGAUGAUUCGUUCCCAGUCCAUGUCCAUGCAGAUCUCCGGAAAUCCAGAUUGGGCAUGGCCGCGGCCUCCAACGCCAUACGUGUCUCCUAGCUCCAGCUCGUUGUGUUCUUCAGUGCCAGAAUACUGCCCUGAUUACCAAAGGGUCACAAUUAGCGGUGAUUACUGUGCAGGAAUCACAGUGGAAGACUACGAACAGGCAGCUAAAAGUCUUCUGAAAGCCUUACUGAUUCGUGAGAAGUACUCCAAAUUGGCCUAUCAUAGAUUCUGCAGAACCACAGCGCAGUUCCUACGCAGGGCUGAAAACGUCAGAUGGUGUGAAGACGAGGAAGUUCAACCGGAUAUGUGCCCGUGCCCAACAAAGGACGAGGAUCCAUACAGUAUGGAAAAUAUCCCAGAGAACUUGACUUGUGAAUUGAAAUUGAAGGACGGAAUCGUGCAUGUGUACGACAGUGCUGAAGAUCGACGAGAAAAUCGUCCGCAUGACCUUCCCUAUCCGGAUCUGGAGACUUUUGCUGUAGAUCUCGGUCAUGUACUGGCAAUGAUUGCAGACGGACCCACGAAAACCUACUGUCACAGGCGCUUGAAUUUCUUAAGCUCCAAAUUUCAUCUCCACGAAAUGCUUAACGAGAUGGCGGAACUCAAAGAACUGAAAAGUGUUCCUCACCGAGACUUUUACAACGUGAGAAAGGUGGACACACACAUUCACGCAGCAGCGUGCAUGUCUCAGAAGCAUCUGCUGACGUUCAUCCAGGAAACAUACAACAGUGAUUCGGACCGCGUGGUCAUGAAAAAUGCUGGGCGAGAAAUGACUCUUGAACAGGUGUUUCACAGCCUCAAUUUGGACCCCUAUGACCUCACUGUGGACUCCCUGGAUGUACAUGCUGGAAGGCACACAUUCCAUCGCUUUGAUAAAUUCAAUUCCAAGUAUAAUCCUGUCGGAGCCAGUGAACUCAGAGAAAUAUUUCUCAAAACAGACAACCUUCUCAAUGGCGAGUAUUUUGCUCGCAUAAUCAAGGAAGUAGCCCACGACUUGGAGGAAAGUAAAUAUCAGCAUGCCGAGCCUCGCUUGUCCAUCUACGGACGCUCUCCAGAUGAGUGGCACAGCCUGGCCAAGUGGUUUAUUCUGCACAAAGUACACUCUCCAAACAUGAGAUGGGUUAUUCAAGUGCCCAGAAUAUAUGAUAUUUUUAGGUCAAAGCAGCUGGUGCCUAAUUUUGCCAAGAUUCUUGAGAAUAUAUUCCUUCCCCUCUUUGAGGCAACCAUUCAUCCUCAAACUCAUAAAGAGCUUCACGUGUUCCUCAAAUAUGUGUCGGGCUUUGACAGCGUAGAUGACGAGUCCAAGCACAGUGAUCACAUGUUUUCGUUUCGGAGCCCAAAGCCUGAACAGUGGACCGGAGAUGAUAACCCUCCAUACAGCUACUACCUCUUCCAUAUGUAUGCAAACAUCAUGGUCCUCAACAACCUCAGAAAGGAACGUGGCCUCAGCACCUUCCAGUUUCGCCCACACUGUGGAGAAGCAGGAUCCAUCACUCAUCUGGUAUCUGCCUUCCUGACAGCAGACAACAUCUCACAUGGGCUCAAUUUGAAGAAGAGCCCUGUGCUUCAAUAUUUAUACUACUUGGCUCAAGUACCCAUUGCAAUGUCACCCUUGAGCAACAACAGCCUGUUCUUGGAAUACUCGAAAAACCCUUUGCGGGAGUUCCUGCACAAAGGCCUUUGUGUGUCCCUAUCUACAGACGACCCCAUGCAGUUUCACUACACCAAGGAGCCCCUGAUGGAGGAGUACGCAAUUGCAGCUCAACUGUGGAAGCUCAGCACGUGUGAUGUGUGUGAAAUAGCCAGAAACAGCGUGCUACAAUGCGGACUCUCUGACCAGGAUAAGAAGCACUUCUUGGGGGUCAAUUAUCUCAAAGAUGGACCUGAGGGAAAUGACAUCCGUCGCACCAACGUGGCGCAGAUCCGCAUGGCUUACCGGCAUGAAACUUUGUGCAAUGAACUCAGUUUCCUCGUGGAUGCGGUCAAGUCUGAAGCUAUGAAUUCUGUUAUGUGAAUACUACUGCUCUAUGAGUGACCUGCAGUCAGGGAUGUCAUUUGGAGGGACUAUACCUCUCGCACUACUGAAAUGUUCUCUCUCACACCCUCAUAUUCACUACUUGCUCAGACAAACAAAGCCUACCUAAAUUUUUAAACAUUGGCAGACUGGCUGCUUAAAAGCUCUCAUGCAUACUACAAAAAUACUUCCACAAGUAUAUAUUUUUUUGCCCACAUACAAUAUUAAAUCACUCUGACACUACUGAAACAUGUACAUUUCAGUGUUUUGUUUGGAGGUAUUGUGGUACUUUAUAUUGAGCGGUUAUAGGAUUUCUUUACUGUAUAUGAUAUUUGAGUAGGGUGUGUGUCGACUCUAGUCAUUCUACACAAACACUUUGGUCUACUGUAUACACAUCAUUUUAUUUAUGUAUUUAUACUGUAGCUGUUUGCAACCCUGAUAAAAGAAAUAUUCAUAUUCAUGUCUUAACUGACAAAGAAGAAUGUGUUGCAUGAUUCAUUUGGUCAUCAGAUUAAUGAGCUAUAAUGGCAAGGGCACCCACUCUAUCUUCAACAGUGUAUAAACCUUGGCACUUCAAUAUGUACUGUGUGAUGGGCGUAUAAGUGAGAGCUGUUUACACACGUUUGGACAAUUUCACUCAAAUGACUGAGUCCAGUUCUUUAAUAAAAAAUAAAAAGUCAUUUAUUUACAUGUACUGUAUUUCCACUGAACUAAAAAAUAAAAACAUGGAAAUAAAAUUAUUGCAAUUGUUAUGCCAUAGCGACAUACAACAUUACAAGGUACCGAAAAAUAUACAAGGUUCAAAAUCAGAUGUGAACGUAAGAUGAUGAAGAUGAGGUGAAAUCAGAUAAACUUGAAGCUAUCAUUUAAGUCUUGGUGUCAAUGGUGUCCAAUCUUUUGAAUCACAAUACAGUGAUCCCUUGCUACUUUGUGCUUCAAACUUUGCGCCCUCAGUCUA